AUGGAGCGCUCCUUUUUGCACUCUCCCCACGAUGUGCUCGCGCAUUUUCAGGUCGAUGAGCAUGAGGGCCUGUCCAGCAGCCAGGUCUUGAAAUCGAGAGAGAAACACGGGCCGAAUGCCAUUCCUGAAGAACCGCCGACUCCCAUCUGGGAACUUAUCCUAGAACAAUUCAAAGACCAAUUAGUUAUUAUCCUUUUAGGAUCGGCCGUGGUUUCUUUCAUACUUGCGUUGUUCGAGGGCGGAGAUGACUGGACGGCAUUUGUUGACCCCGCGGUGAUCUUAACGAUUCUCAUCCUAAAUGCUAUCGUCGGAGUGUCACAGGAAAAUAGUGCUGAAAAGGCGAUUGCGGCACUGCAGGAAUACUCCGCCAACGAGGCGAAAGUUGUUCGAGAUGGAACCGUACAACGCAUCAAAGCCGAAGAACUCGUCCCUGGAGAUAUCGUUCAUAUUGCUGUUGGCGACCGUAUCCCUGCCGAUUGCCGGCUGCUCACAGUUCAGAGCAAUAGCUUUCGUGUCGACCAAGCCAUUCUGACGGGUGAGAGCGAAAGCGUCGCUAAAAGCGCUCCCGCAAUUCACGACGCCCAAGCUGUCAAGCAAGAUCAAUCGAAUAUUCUGUUCUCUGGAACUACUAUCGUGAGCGGCCACGCUACUGCAAUCGUUGUGUUAACGGGAUCCAAUACCGCCAUCGGAGAUAUUCAUGAAAGCAUCACAGCCCAGAUCUCUGAGCCAACGCCAUUGAAACAAAAGCUGAACGAUUUUGGCGACACUCUGGCCAAAGUUAUUACCGUCAUUUGCGCGCUUGUUUGGCUCAUUAACAUUCAACAUUUCAGCGAUCCCAGCCAUGGAAGUUGGACUAAAGGUGCCAUCUAUUAUCUAAAGAUUGCCGUCUCCCUUGGCGUGGCCGCUAUCCCUGAGGGCCUGGCUGUCGUUAUUACAACAUGCUUAGCUUUGGGUACCCGAAAGAUGGCUGCAAAGAAUGCCGUGGUCCGAUCCUUGCCAUCCGUGGAGACUCUGGGCAGCUGCAGUGUGAUUUGCUCCGACAAAACAGGCACUCUGACCACCAACCAGAUGAGUGUGGAAAGGAUCGUUUACCUUGACGAAGCCGGGAACGGUCUCGAAGAAAUCAAAGUCGAGGGCACUACAUUUGCACCGGUUGGUGAAUUGCGGAAAAAUGGCCGUGCGCAAGAGAAUCUUGCCGCCACGUCCUCCACGAUUCGUCAAAUGGCUGAGGUUUUGGCUAUGUGCAAUGAUUCUGCACUAUCGUAUGAUUCAAAAAGUGGAACUUAUAGUAACAUCGGAGAACCCACCGAGGGUGCUCUCAGAGUGUUAGUUGAAAAAAUUGGCACAGAAGACAUCAAUCUUAACAAAAAAAUACGAAGCCUAUCGCCAUCAGAGCGUUUACAUGCGGCUAGCAAGCACUAUGAGCAUCAAUUACCCCUUCAAUCCACUUACGAAUUCUCCCGUGAUCGAAAGAGCAUGUCCGUCCUAGUUGGCAAAGGCAAACAUCAAAAACUCCUCGUGAAAGGCGCCCCGGAGUCUAUCCUUGAGCGUUGCUCUCAUACCCUGUUGGGGUCGAAUGGAACCAGGGUCCCCUUAUCUCAACAACAUAUCAAAUUGAUUUCGCAAGAGGUUGUCGAUUACGGGAACAGAGGUCUCCGUGUCAUUGCUAUUGCCAGCAUCUCAGAUGUUCCAGAGACUCCCCUUCUGCAUUCCGCCGAGACCUCCAAGGAGUAUGAAAAACUUGAACAGAAUAUGACCCUGAUUGGGCUUGUUGGUAUGCUGGACCCUCCCCGACCUGAGGUGGCCGCAUCAAUAAAGAAAUGCCGAGAAGCUGGGAUUCGGGUUAUUGUUAUCACCGGCGACAAUCGAAACACCGCCGAAUCGAUUUGUCGUCAAAUCGGGGUCUUUGGCCAACACGAAAACUUGCAAGGCAAAAGUUUCACUGGACGAGAAUUCGAUGCGCUUAGCGAACAUGGAAAGAUUGAAGCAGCAAAGCAGGCUUCUCUCUUCUCUCGCGUUGAACCGAACCAUAAGUCGAAACUUGUCGACAUUCUUCAGUCUCUCGGUCAGGUGGUUGCGAUGACUGGAGACGGUGUGAACGACGCACCCGCGUUAAAGAAGUCUGAUAUCGGCGUCGCCAUGGGCUCUGGUACUGAUGUUGCUAAAUUGGCAGCUGAUAUGGUUCUCGCCGACGAUAAUUUUGCCACGAUCGAAGUGGCCGUCGAGGAAGGACGUUCAAUCUACAACAAUACCCAGCAGUUCAUUCGCUAUCUAAUCUCGUCUAAUAUCGGUGAAGUCGUGUCGAUCUUCCUCACUGCAGCGCUUGGAAUGCCAGAAGCCUUGAUUCCCGUUCAACUUCUCUGGGUCAACCUCGUCACUGACGGCUUACCCGCAACAGCCUUAUCGUUCAACCCUCCGGAUCAUGAUGUCAUGAGACGGCCACCGAGGAAGCGUGGUGAAGCUCUCGUGAGCGGCUGGCUUUUCUUCAGGUAUAUGGUUAUCGGCGUAUAUGUUGGGAUUGCAACCGUUUUUGGGUUCGCUUGGUGGUUCAUGUAUAAUCCGGAGGGCCCGCAGAUUACAUUCUGGCAACUGUCGCACUUCCAUAAAUGCUCCAGGGAGUUCCCGGAAAUCGGCUGCGAAAUGUUCACGAACAACAUGUCCAAGUCAGCGUCGACGAUCUCGCUUUCCAUUCUUGUUGUGAUUGAGAUGCUAAACGCCAUCAACUCUCUCUCGUCCAGCGAGUCACUGUUCACGUUCCCGUUAUGGAACAACAUGAUGUUAGUCUAUGCGAUCAUGAUGUCGAUGUCUCUCCACUUCGCCAUUCUCUAUGUCCCGUUCUUGCAGAGUCUCUUUUCUAUCCUUCCUUUGAACUGGGUUGAGUGGAAAGCCGUCCUGGCAAUCAGUGCGCCUGUGAUCGUGAUUGAUGAAAUCCUUAAAUUCUUCGAGCGCAAGUUCUACGAUACCCAUAUGGUUUCGGCGCCUAAAUACACAAACGGAAAUGCUGCGAAGCCAAAAAGCUCAUAA